GCGGCGCGGGCGUGGCGGCGCCAUUUUGCAGGAAGAGGGGUAUCCGGGCCUGUCGGGGAGAGGAGAGCGGCGUCUGCCAUGGCCAGUGUGCUCUGUACCAGAGCCAGACUGGUCACCUACCUGCCAGGCUUCUAUUCCUUAGUCAAGAGAGUUGUCAAUCCCAAGGCGUUUUCCACAGCAGGCUCCUCUGGCUCAGAUGAGCCUCACGUGGCUGCUGCACCCCCUGAUUUGUGUCCAAGGACUGUGUGGCCAGAUGAAGUGAUGGGUCCCUUUGGGCCUCAGGAUCAGCGAUUCCAGCUGCCUGGAAACAUUGGCUUUGACUGUCACCUCAAUGGCACCGAUUCCCAGAGGAAAAACCAAGUUUCCAAGAGCCUCCCUGAUAUUUUAGCAGAGCCCUCAGCGGGUGAAAGGCACGAAUUUGUGAUGGCACAGUUCAUCAAUGAGUUCCAGGGUGCUGAUGCUCCACAGAAGCAGCAAAUCAAUAAUGCUGAGACCUACUUUGAAAAUGCCAAGGUGGAGUGUGCAGUCCAGGCUUGUCCUGAGCUCCUAAGGAAAGACUUUGAAUCCAUGUUCCCAGAGGUGAGUCCCAACCGCCUGACCGUGUUAACUGUCACCCAGAAGACCAAAAACGACAUGACUGUGUGGAGCCAGGAGGUGGAGGAUGAGAGGGAGAUGCUCUUGGAAAAUUUCGUUAAUGGUGCCAAGGAAAUUUGCUAUGCAAUUUCUUCUGAGGGCUACUGGGCUGAUUUCAUUGAUCCAACCUCAGGACUGGCAUUUUUCGGGCCUUACACCAACACCCCCCUGCUGGAGACGGACGAGCGCUACCGGCACUUGGGGUUCUCCGUGGACGACCUGGGCUGCUGCAAAGUCAUCCGGCACGGGCUGUGGGGCACCCACGUGGUGGUGGGGAGCAUCUUCACCAACGCCGAGCCCGACAGCCCCAUCAUGAGGAAACUCAGCGGAAACUGAGCCCCCCCUUUUGGGCGGCCCUUUUUGACCGGGUGAU